UUGUCGUCGUCGAGAAAAGAAGCGGAGCAGCGAAACAACGACAAGACGACGGCAGAAAUAAACCUCAAAACAGGCGUUUUUUAAAAUAUUUUUUUAUAUAUAUAUAUAUAUAUAUAUAUUGCCGAGUCCGGGCCAGAACCGUUACGCCCACAUGAGUCCACGGACCGCCUGCUGAUCGGUAGGGCCGCCGCUGUAGGUUUUCCCGGGUCUGUGGGAUCCAAGAUGGCCGACGAGGCGGCCUGUGAAGACGCGUGUCGGGAGUACCAGUCCUCGCUGGAGGACCUGACAUUCAACAGCAAGCCGCACAUCAACAUGCUGACCAUCCUGGCCGAGGAAAACCUCAACUUCGCCAAGGAUAUCGUGGCUAUUAUUGAAGCGCAAAUAAGCAAGGCCCCAUCUGCAGAGAAGCUUCCAGUUUUGUACUUAGUGGAUUCCAUAGUGAAGAAUGUUGGAGGAGAGUACCUUGCAGUGUUUGCUAAAAACCUAAUCACUUCAUUUAUAUGUGUCUUUGAAAAGGUGGAUGAGAACACCAGAAAGAGUUUGUUCAAGCUGCGCUCGACAUGGGACGACGUGUUUCCCCUGAAGAAGCUGUACGGGCUGGACGCCCGCGUGAACUCGGUGGACCCGGCGUGGCCCAUCAAGCCGCUGCCGCCCACCGUCAACGCCAGCAUCCACGUCAACCCCAAGUUCUUAAAGCAGCCCGAGGAGGCUCCCUCUCCACAGCCGGCUCCCGCUAAGCCGACUCCGGCGUUGGUGGUCCCGGUCCCCCAACCGGUCCCCCAGCCGGUCCCCGUCCCGGUCCCGGUCUCCGCGGUGGCCGUCAGCCAGUCCAGCCUGACCCAGGAGCAGCUGAUCCGCCAGCAGCUGCUGGCCAAACAGAAACAGCUUCUGGAGCUUCAGCAGAAGAAGAUCGAGCUGGAGCUGCAGCAGACCAACGAGCAGCUGGGCGGCGGCUUCGGGAUCCCGACGGCGACUCGAGUCUCGUCCGCGGCGAAGUUCUCCGGCCAGACGUCUCCCGCGGUCCGAUCGUGGAUCGCUCCCUCGACGCCGGCGGCGGACGCCAAGCCGCCCACCAGAGACCCCCGUCUGAACCGCGCCGGCCCCCCGCACAAAGAACUGCAUGCUGGGAAGAAAGACGGCACCGUCGCAACAGGAGGUCCGGCGGUGACGCCCGAGAAGUCCGGCCGGCCGGACCGAGUCAAAACCCCGAGGAAGGAAGCGCCGGAGGAGAAGCCGAAGUCCAAACCGCCGUCUCCGAUGACCAAAGGCCUCCAGAGUAAAAACAAGAUGGAGGCCGAGAUCCAGAAGUCGGCCGACGGCACCAAGAAAGACCCCCGGCUGAAGAAACGCCCGCAGGACAAGACCGGAGACGCCAAAGAGGAGGAGCUAAAGGAGAAGAAGCGGUGCGCCGAGAAGAAGGAGGAGGUGUCCCGGGGGCCCGACCCCCAGAGGGCGAACAAGGUCAAGCUGGUGAACGGCUCGGUGGGCAAACACGACCGCGCCGAGUCCGCGGAGAAGCCCGAGUUCAAGACCGGCGGCAACGCCCGCACGCACGCCAGGAAACGCACCCGCUCGCGGUCCCGCUCGCGCUCCCCGCUCGCCGCCGCCGCCUCGUCCCCGAAGAGGAAGGACCGGCGGUCCCCGAAGAGCAGGACCAGGAGCAGCUCCUCGUCCCCGUCGCCCUCUCACAAAGCCGGCAAACUCAGGAGGGUCGGACCGGACCACGGCAAGCCCGGCCGGGGGGACCGGCCCGCGGCCAAGAAGAACCCGUCGGAGAGCCGGAGGUCCAAGAGGCCGGCAGAGGACCGGCACGCCGAGUCCAGAGACCCUCCGAGGAGCCACGACGGAGGAGGCAAGGAGGCCAAGGAGCCUCCUCACCGCUGGAGGAGCGGCUGGGAGGAGAACAAGCAUCCGAAGCUGCCGGAGGACGCUCACGUGAAGCCGGCGCCUCAGAGGCACAAACAGUACGGCCCCCCGAACCGGCCCCCCACCCCCCGGACCCCGAAGCAUCGGCUCAGCGUGGACGCCAACCUGAAGAUACCCGAAGUUCUCAACUCCGCCUCCAAGAAGGACCUUCUGCGGCGGGCCAGUAAGGGUCUGGAGAGCGGGGAUAUCUCCCAGGAGGACUUCCUGAACAUGGCCCACAAGAUCAAACACUUCUUCCAGUACCAGGAGGAGAUGCAGCAGCGCUCCGACGGCUGGACCGACGACGACUUCUCCGCCAAGAAGCUGCUGAGCUCGCCGCCGCCGGCCCGAGACGGCAUGGACGCCGCCGAGCUGUCGUACUACGAGCACAAGUCCAAGCUGAGGAAGACGCAGGUCACCCACCGCAGCGCCGGGGAGCCGUGGGAGGGCGAGGAGAGUCCGGAGGAGGGCGAGGACGCCGGCCCGGGUGCGAAGACCGGACACCCGAAGUACAGCCGGGCACCGAGGGACCGGCAAGGUGAGAGGCGGAGCAAAGAGCGCGAGGAGCCGCGGCUCAUCGAGGAGUACAACCACGGGAAGGAGUUCCCGGCUCUGAAGUCUCUGCCGGGCCUUCGCUUCAGGAGGAGAGCCGACCCCCGAGAGCCCAGUGAGCGGGAGUGGAACUCUCCGCUGACGGAGCGGCCGCGCUUCGACGACCGCGAGGACCCGAAGAGCGGCUACGACGCCCCGCGGGGCUACGGCGCUCCGCCUGCCGACGCCCGGAGGCCAGAGGCCCCGCCCCCCGGCGGCACCGUGGUCCACCGGAACUGUCCGAGCCCGGACGCUGUGGCGGCGGCGGCGGCGCCCAGGUUUGAGCGCGAGCGCCUUUCGCCGCUGCACCAGAAGGACCCGGCGGAGAUGAGCCCGAUCCCUCGCUUCGAGAGCCCCAACAGCGUCCACUCGGACGACGGGCCCCUCAACCUGGACCUCGCCGCUCCGCCGACGACCCCAAAGUCCAUCCUGAAGCCGCCGGCCCGCGUCGGGCCGCUGGCGGCUGUGCGGCGCGCCGACUCCCCGGGACACACGCCCCCUCACGACGGGGGGCCCCCCCCACCCCGGUACGACAUGGGCCCCGGCAGGCCGCACCCUCCGGGGUGGUACGAGAACGCCGCGCACUACGAUGACGCCCGCUUUGAAGGGCCUCACCACCCGGGGCACGUGGGCCCCGGCAGGCCGCACCACAACAUGCCGGAGCGGUUCGACGGGCCCCACAUGCCUCACGGUUUGGGUCGGUACCCUCAGGGCCCCGGGAGGUUCGAGGGGCCCGGACCGGGUCACUUCGAGGGCCCGAUGCAGCACUUCGAUGCGCCGCGGUGCUUCGAGAACAACAUGGCCCCCGGCUCUGGACCAAUGGGCUUCCAGCAGCAGAGGCCCAUGCGCUUCGACGGCCCUCCCAACCCGAUGGGCCCUAUGAGGUUUGAGGGCGGCGGUCCGAUGCGCUUCGAGUCCCCGAAUCACCCGGGGCCCCAUCAGGGCGGACCCCCCCUCUACGAGGGGCCCCUGAGGUUCGGCCCCCAACACAACCUGCAGCCGAUGGCCCCGCCCCUCUACGACGGCCCCAUCGCCCCCCAGCAGAGCUUCAACAUGAACCCCCAGUUCCCCGCCGGGCCGAUGGCGUUCCCGACUCAGCCGGCAGGAAGCUUCAACAUGCAGCCGGCUCCGCCCUUCAGCCAGCCGGGCCCCGCCCCCUUCUACAACCCCGCCGCCCCCAUGCAGCAGGCGGUCAACAUGUUGGGGAACCUCAACCAGCCGUUCCUGCCUCAGAACUCGGUGCCUUUCGGACAACAAGCUCCUCCAGAGAACCACUUCGGUCAAGUCGACGUCAACGACCUUCUGUCCAAACUCAUCUCCAACGGCAUCAUCAAGCCCUCGCAGCCCGACGCCGCGCCGGCCGUCAGCGCCGAACCGACUUCCACGCUUGUGGUGGCUCCGCCCACGGUCGUGGCGGUGGAGGAUGAGGAAGAGGAGCUGGAGGAGGAAGACGACGACCUCCCAGAUCUCACCAGCUUCACCGUCGACGAUAUGAAACAGCGCUUCGAGAGCGUGGUGACCCGGCUGUACUCGGGGAACCAGUGCUGCCUGUGCAGCAUGCGCUUCACCGCCACGCAGACCGACCUGUACGCAGACCACCUGGACUGGCACUUCAGGCAGAACCACGCCGGCAAGGUGGCCGGCAAGAAGAUCACCCACCGCCGCUGGUACUACGGCCUCCGGGACUGGGUGGAGUUCGAGGAGAUCGCCGACCUGGAGGAGCGAGCCAAGAGCAACUUCUUUGAGAAGGAGAGCGAGGACGAGGUCCAGAAGAGCCAGCAGGCCGCCAAGGAGAAGGAGUUCCAGAGCGUGAGGGCCACCAAGGACCAAGUGGGGGAGUUGUGUGAAAUCUGCCAGGAGGCGUUUGAGACGUACUGGGUGGAGGAGGAGGAGGACUGGUUCCUGAAGGACGCGCUCAGGGUCGACGACAAGAACUUCCAUCCCGCCUGUUUCGAGGAUUAUAAAAACACGUCGUCGUACCUCGACGUCACGCCGUCGCCCAGCAAGCUGCUCGCCGACCACCCGCUGAGCGCCUUCAUCAAGAGCGAGGAAGACGACGAGGAGGAGGAGGAGGAGGAGGAGGAGGCGAGCGCUUCCUGUGCCGCCGCCGUCAAACAGGAAGUGGAGUCGGGGGCGAGCGAGCUGCCGGAGGUGAAGAAGGAGCAGGAGGAGGUUUUAAUGGACUGCGAUCAGAGCAAAGCUCCUCCCCCUUUGUGAGGAGGUGUUUUUAGCUCCUCCUCCUCGAUUAUAAACUUGAAUACAUUUUUGUAUUUGGAUUCUGCGCGACCGUUUCCAGGUCUCUGUCUCUCUCUCUUUCUCUCUCUCUCUCUUUCUCUCUCUCUCUCUCUUUCUCUCUCUCUCCCUUUCUCUCUCUCUGUCUCUCUCUCUGUCUCUCU